AUGCAUCUAAACGAAGGCGCGCCCGCGCCUAAACCCGCCGAAUCCGCUCUCCUCAACCGUCGUCGCCGUCGCAAAUCUCUCCCUGGCCGCACAAAGGGCUCCAAUGCCGAUCCAACCUCGCCAGAAGUGAUCUCGUCGCUGAUAUCCUCACUGUCAACCAUCUCCGUACCGCUCAACUCGCAUUUCGACAACGUGCCGCGCAUUGACUCCAAGGACUCCAAAGACUCUGAUCCUGGCUUGCCCGAAGUGCCUCACACUGCGCCGAAUCCCCCCCACGACAACAACCCGUUCUUGCACCCGGAUGAUGCUGCUUCAGCCCCUGUCAUCCGCAUGGCCAGAGCGCCGCCCUCGCCCAAAUCUCCCAAAUCACCGCGCUCGCCGAGAUUUAAACCUUUCAAACGGGACGACUCUGUCAAUCGUCCGGCCUCACGAGACUCCUAUACCUCCGUCAGAACAACACACGAAGACACUGCCUUUGGCACCAUCAGCACCGAACCAGGCCCCCGCCUGUCCACGGCCGUUAGCAUUGCAUCGAACAGCUCCGCGGGGCGUAAAAGUUUAAAGGGGUCGUUAGGUCAGUUUGGACUGUUGAAGAAGGCCUCGCGGGAAUUCGGGAGCGAUAAGGACUCAUCGAGCGACCGCUUGCGCAAGACGAAUAGUCUGAACGAUACCCUGCGCCACAACAUUCCUCGGAGCAGAGCUAGUUUGAGAUCCAUGCAUUCCAUGGCGGAUGUGGCCGAGGAGGCGGGCUUGAACGGGCUCAAGGAAGAGCCGAGUGAUGGCAUGGCAGCAAGCACUCCUCCUCGGGAGCUACAGUCGAUUCCAAGCACCCCUGAUAAUCACAACCCCGGUGGUAUUGGGAGUGGUCGGAUUAUCCCCACACGCGAUUCUUCUCUGCGACAUCGACACAGCCAAUCCUCAGGCUCGAAGCAGCGGAGGUCCGCCCGCCACAGUCGAUAUCCAUCUAAUGCCAGCAAAGAAUCAUCCAGUGCGGAAAAUGGGCUACCGGGCUCAAGCAAUGACGCGGAGCAGGUGACGAGGAGGAUACAGCAGCUGAAGGAUCAGCAACAGAGGAUCAAGACCGAGCUCGAGUCCGACGACACUCCUGGCAAAUCUGUACAGGCAGCGACGGCAACACCCACACCCACAAAGCCAGUCGAGGUCUCUCGCAGCACUAGCCACCUCGAUCAGGGACCUGCAGUUGCAGUUCAAAAUGGAGUCAAAGCCGACCGACCAGUGAAUGACAGCGCGCCAUCUCCCUCGAUUAUGACAGGGAAGAACCGCACAGGUCGAACUGGGGCCCCACUGGCGUCAAAACCCACCAAUUUCUCUCCACAAAUGUCCAAGAUUCCAUCCGAAAAGUCCGAGCACGAGAAUCGAUAUAGGCGAUCACUGGAACCCGUCACCCCCACCAAAGGCCAUCGCCGCACGCCGUCGGGUCCGACGUCCACCCAUCGCCCUUCCUUCAAUAACGAGCGGCCUUCCAGUGCCGACUCGAUUGAUCUGGCCGUUGACGAUUAUAUCUUUUCUCCGAAGUUGACGCAACGAGUGCCUCACCCGACUACUGGCCGUUCCAUCGCGUUCUCUGAGGUUGGCAACCCCAAAGGUCACGUUGUGUUAUGUUGUCUUGGAAUGGGUCUCACCCGGUACCUAAUGGCCUUUUACGACGAGUUGGCCCGGACUUUGAACCUGCGUCUAGUUACUCUCGAUCGCCCGGGCGUUGGUGAAAGUGAACCACAUCGAGUUGAUGAGCCAAGUACUCCCCUCAGCUGGCCUGAUGAUGUUGCUAUUGUGUGUAAUUAUCUCCGAGUAACCAAAUUCUCCAUCCUCGCCCACUCAGCCGGUGCAAUCUAUGCCCUUGCCACAGCCCUUCGAAUCCCUCAACAUAUCCGCGGCCGCAUCCACCUUCUAGCGCCAUGGAUUCCUCCGUCCCAAUUAUCUACCAUCGGAUCUCAGAAGGAACCCGCUCCCACCAAUGCAGUUCCUUACUCCCAACGAAUCCUCCGGGCCCUCCCAACCUCCCUCCUGAAAGUUGCCAACACAAGCUUCAUGAGUGCGACUAGUGCCAGCAUCACGACAAGUCUGCCCAAAUCACCCAAGCGAGCAAAGCGCAAGGCGGCGAAAGAAGCCAAAGAAGCCAAAGAGGCAGCGGCAAAUGCAGAAAUCCCACCCAGGAUCCCGCACCACUUGGGGGGAGCAGGAGCAGGAGCUAUGAGGUCAUACUCAACACCCGCCCACCACGCUUCGUCCAGAAAGAGCGACGCCACGCUUGGCUCGCGUGCGAAAUCUCCGGAAGAGGAGCUUGAACGCCAACAGGACUACGAUACUCGACUUACACACCGGAUCUGGGAACUCGCUACUACCAAUGCGAACCCGGCUGUUGAUUUGUUGAUUUGCCUGGAACGUCGUCAGACGAUUGGGUUCCGGUACGUGGAUAUCACUCGGUCCGUUGUGAUUCAACACGGUAGUAAGGAUACCCGCGUGCCUGUGGAUAAUGUCCAAUGGCUGGGCAAGACUAUGCGUCGGUGUGAGGUGCGCAUUCUUGAAGGCGAGGGACAUGGCUUGAUGGCUUCUGCUUCGGUGAUGGGUAGUGUCUUGACUGAGAUUGCUAAGGAGUGGGAGGAUUGGACGACUAUUGUUCAGGGCCGGCGCAGAGCGACUGCGAGUCAUGCUGCGCGACCGGGUCUUUCUAUCCAGACCUGA